CGCCGCCUGACGGCCGCAUGGGAAACUAAACAUGAAAUUCGAAAUUAAUGUGUACCUAACAUUGUGACGGUUAAGUGAUUGUGUUCAGUGGAUUGCAUUUUUAUUUUUUUUACUGUGAUUUUUUUUAUAGAUAUAUGAAUUUUUAAUGUGCGUUCGGCAGUGCCGCAUAGAGCCUACAAAGCCUUCGGAACACAGGAUAAACAUCUGCUGUUAAAACUUCAUUAACUACGAGCCAGUAAUCCACAACCCGGCGAGGGUUGGCAGUAAAACGGCGGUCAACGCCACGAUAGAUACGAUUCCCUCACCCAGAAAUGCCUCCGCAGGGGAUAUUUAGCGCGCUAGAAGACGACUAUAUAGAGGUGAUGUCGAGGAGAGGACAAAGUCGGUCGCCGUAGCCCACACUAACUGUUCUACCCACGAGAAGAGAGAGGAAGAGAAGUCGCCAGAAGAAAUAUUAUAUCUUUCACAAUGUGGAUUCACCGGGUGCCCAGUAAUAAAAUGAACCUCCUCAACAUGGACGCGGAAAACCGCGUAGUCCUGAACGUAGGAGGGAUUCGUCACGAGACGUACAAGGCGACUCUGAAGAAGAUCCCGGCGACCAGGCUCUCCCGGCUGACGGAGGCGCUCGCCAACUACGACCCCGUCCUCAACGAGUACUUCUUCGAUAGGCACCCUGGAGUCUUCGCCCAGGUCUUGAAUUAUUACAGAACGGGCAAGCUCCACUACCCUACAGACGUCUGCGGGCCACUCUUUGAGGAGGAGCUGGAGUUCUGGGGCCUGGAUGCCAACCAGGUGGAACCGUGCUGCUGGAUGACGUAUACGCAGCAUCGGGACACCCAAGAAACUCUAGCAGUGCUAGAUCGGCUAGACUUAGACACUGAGAAGCCGACCGAUGAAGAAGUAGCCCGAAAGUUUGGCUUCGAAGAGGACUACAUGAAGGGGACGGUGUCGUGGUGGCAGCAUCUGAAGCCACAGAUGUGGUCGCUCUUUGAUGAGCCGUAUAGCUCUAAUGCUGCUAAGAUAAUCGGCGUCAUAUCUGUGUUCUUCAUAUGCGUGUCAAUAAUAUCGUUCUGUCUAAAAACUCACCCGGACAUGAGAGUGCCAGUGAUUAGAAACUAUACAGUGACGACUGCCAACCAAUCGCAGGGUUGGGCGUUGGACAAAGUGCAAACAAACGCCCACGUAGCGUUUUUCUAUAUAGAAUGUGUGUGUAACGCUUGGUUCACGUUAGAGAUCCUAGUGCGUUUCAUCUCAUCACCCAAUAAGUGUGAAUUCGUCAAAUCUUCCGUCAACAUCAUCGACUACAUAGCCACCAUGAGCUUCUACAUAGACCUGAUCCUUCAGAAGUACGCGUCACACGUUGAGAACGCGGAUAUUCUGGAGUUCUUCUCUAUCAUUAGGAUCAUGAGGCUGUUCAAACUCACGAGGCACUCUUCGGGUCUCAAGAUUUUGAUUCAGACCUUCAGGGCAUCAGCGAAGGAGCUGACGCUGCUAGUGUUCUUCCUAGUACUGGGUAUUGUAAUAUUCGCUAGUCUGGUGUACUACGCGGAGAGGAUACAAACGAAUCCUCAUAACGACUUCAAUAGCAUACCACUGGGGCUGUGGUGGGCGCUGGUGACGAUGACGACUGUUGGAUACGGUGACAUGGCGCCGAAGACCUAUGUUGGCAUGUUUGUCGGUGCGCUUUGCGCGUUAGCAGGCGUGUUAACCAUAGCUCUUCCGGUGCCAGUCAUAGUAUCCAAUUUCGCCAUGUACUACUCGCAUACACAAGCAAGAGCAAAGUUACCGAAGAAGAGGCGAAGAGUCAUCAAUGUAGAGCCUACGAGGCCACCUAUGCGUGCCCCAGUGCCAGGUGCUCCUAAUCCCUUAGCGUCAGGCAUGGGUCCUCAGGUAGUAAACCGCAGAAUGAAUGCCAUCAAAACCAAUCAUCCUAAAGACAUGAUAGGACCUAACAUGGUUGCAACUUUGAUGCCGGGGAUGGACCUAUCGGUCACAACUCGUCUCUCUCCCAGCCCUCAAGGUAUGAGCCCCGCGCUGGCGAUUGCAAUUCCAAUGAUGAAAUCCGUAAAUAUAGUACCAUCUCAAUGUUUCGACAACAUGGCGUACCACAGUGAGAAAUCAGAAGAAAAGGAGGUGGAUAACAAUAAAGAAAGCAGUAAAAGCUGUAGCCGUCAGGAAUCUGUGGAAAGCGACAAUACUGUCAGAGUAAUGAACUUCAAAAAUGAUAUAUUUAUGGAUAAAGUGAAUGAAGAGAAAACAGACGCCCGCACGCCUCUGCUGAGGGAUCACAAGAUCGAGUCAUUGGAUGAAACGAAAUUAAGGGACAAUAAGACGGAGAAAAGGAAAUCGUCUGCUUCUACAUAACGUUAAUAAUAUAAUGACCAAUAGUGCUAAGAAUGUUUUUUAAAAUUCGCUUGCUGUGAGAACGAUAUCUAAAUCAAUGUAACAUUAUGAAAAAAAAAAUCAAUAGUCGAAUGAAAGAAAGACUUUAAAUACGGUUAUACAUAUUAAUAUCAUUGGUGUCAGUUAUAAUAGUUGCAUAAAAGCCUUUUUGAAAGCAGUUACGAUUCUAUAUAAAAUUGAUAUGAAUAAUCAUCAUUGAUAUAGUAUUUUAUUGGUAAGCGCAUUCAAGGCCGUGAUAGGUGUAAGAUAGCUAAGUGUUUACAGGCACUUAUUAACAUUUUAUAACACAUACGUAUAUUAGAAUAGCUGCUAUCACAAUCUAGUAAAAAAUAAAUGUAAGCCAACGACCAGUAUAGAUAGGCCCAUUGUAUCUCUGUCCUACAUACCCAUAGACAUGACUUCGAAGUCUAGUUAUACUGGUCGCGUAGUCAUCGUUAAUGACCAGAAAAUUCGUAAUCAUAGUGAAGUAUGUUUACUGUCCAUUAGUGAGAGAGGUGAAGCUUGUUUAGGUCUAAUAAAUGCUAAUAUUAAAUUUGAUUUUGCGAACAAGCAUUGUUUAGCAAUAGUUUUUGUUAAACAAAAACAUGAAACUACAGCGGUUUGGAAUACUUUAUACAUAAUGUUUACUUUAACAUCGCUUGUUUUGCUUACAUCCUUCUAUCAUGGGGAAACAAGUUCAUCACUAUUUUCUGUUCAUUCAUCAUUUUCUUUUAUAAAUCUUCGAGUCCUAACCAAGUUUCACCUCAUCCAAAUAAGCUAACGAUAAUUUUAUUGUAAAUAUUAGUAGCGUUACUAAUUUUGUAUCUUUAACAGUUAAAAUAAUCACUAGACAACACAUAUCAUUGGCACUUUCUUUCAUUCUUGGUGUUAUAUACCUGUUUUACAUGUAUAUAGAUAAAUAUAAAUAGCAUAAACUAUACAUAAUAAGCGUAGAUAGUGUUAAAGAAAUUAUUUAAACUAAACGAGAUACAGUAAAUUGGCUGAGAAUUUUAGUUUGCGUUUUGGAUAUACAAAAUUAAAAUAAGCCUCAAAAGAUAUAAAUUUGAGGAAUGUAUCGUACUUCAUAAAGCCCUUUCAUUGCGAAUUGACAAAGAUUAAAAUAUGAUUAUGUUGAUAAUAGCAUUAUUAACAAAUGAAAACCUGACUCAGGAGUAGUCGUUUUGACUCCAAAAAUUUGAAAAGAGUAUAGCAAAGCUGCAUCAGGUUCUUUCGUUAUUAUGCCUUAAGAAAAGGGUAUUCAUAAAAAUACUCAUGAAAUAGGAGACGUUGUUUACAAAAUAGUGAUGAAAGGGUACUAACGUUCGAAAAGAAAAAUGUUAAGUGGGCUCUUUUGUUUAUAUGUUGCUUAGCAACGCACGAGAAGUAUUUUCCUUCAAUAAAAUAAAUUGUAAAUCAUGUCUAAAUUUGGGGACCCUUAAUGUUUUAUAAUAUGUAUAAAUAUCGCGUGGAUUUUAUAAUAUUAUCUUGUGUGCCAGGAAUAUCUGAGAUGCAAGUUGUUCUAAUAACUUUCUCACGUCUAUAAUAUCUUUCUACUUGUAAUCAAUAACAAAAAAUAUGUGAAUAGUUUUAUCUUGAGUAUAAUAUCUUUGCAUUACAUUCUCUCUCACUUAUGAGUAAUAUAACCUAAUAAAAACCAAACACAUCAAGAGAGUAUCGUCUUGUAUCGUACUUGUAUCGUCUUCCUGGCACCAAAUCGGUACCAUAUCGAAGUUAUCAAUUAUUUAUUUUAUCAUUUGUUACUAAACGAAAUUCUAACGCUAAUAUCUAUUUAACGCAUAAAAUGCAAUAAGUUUUAAUGUAACCUAGAUAGCACAACGUUUUGUUACGGAGCGUAUUUUGUAUAUAAUUUAAGAUAAACUUUAGCUACUAAUAUUGUACUUUAUUUAUUGUUUUCCUCUUCUUUUUUACUAAUCAAAGGACUUGCUUCUGAAUUGUGACUAGAACUUCAAGUUGGGACGAUUACGUAAAGCGAAAAAUUAACAUCACCAAGAUGAAUAAUUUACCCUAACUUCAAGGUCAUGAUUUCAGUAACAUUUAGAAGCUGCAGUCUAAACCAAAAUCCAAAUAAAUGUAAAAAAUAGUUUUGAUUGUGGACUGAGAUCGUGAAACGUGAAAAAGGAUACAGAAACGAAAAAAAAAUACCAAACCAGAAACAAUGUAAUCAACUACUGAACAUGUUAAUUGUAGCCAUGAUGGAUAGAAAAAAUAAUUUCAACAUCUCUAUUUUGCACACAAAAUGUAGACGCACAAUGUAACUUAAUUCCCUACAAACAUAAUUUUGACAAAACUAAAUGGUACAUAUAAUAAAACAAAAGAAACUCGUGGCACUAUAGUUUGUUAAACAAUGCUUAAAGCGUAUCCACUGUUUAUACUUUACAACACACGUACAAUGGAACAGCCUGUGUCAGCGACCGACAACCCUAUUUUGAAAUAAUUUAUGACCCCUUCCCAACCAAACAAGUACACUUAAGGGUAUUCAUCAUCUGUGUUGUUAAAAUUCAUAUAAAUUGCCAAGCGAGCCUUUGGCAGUGCGUCUGAUGCUACGUGACAAGGUUCUGUGAUAUCAUGUCGCUCCAAAUGAAUGUAUGGGAUAUGUUAAUUAUUGUGUUUGUCAUUUGUUAACUUUAGCUAAGGUGCCACUUGUAUUCGUGAAUUGUGAUGCCUUGAACAAGUCACUUUACUAGUACCAGUAUAUCUUAGAUAGUUAUGAUGUUUAAACAAGUUUGUACUUUAUAUAAUUUUGA